CUUUGCACUCUCUACUCAUUGCAUCUUAAAGCCCCUGUUUUGUGGGCAAACACUCAAUCAUACAACCUCUCGAUAAAACAAGAAGAACAAAAAGAAAAAUAAAAUGACGCUUUUGACUUUUUUUGGUUGUGCACUUACAGCCUAUGGACCAGGUUUGGCCAUCUUUUUCGGUUGUGUGGCACCCAAUGCCCAACUGGUCAUUCUCAUGGUGUCAAGCAUGUUUUUUUGGUUACUGUCUCUUCUGUUGGCCUCUGCUAUUUGGUUUUUGGCCACCAACAGUCGGCAAACCUAUACAUCUACAAUCAUCUACACAAUUUUACUUCAGGAGAUGUUCCGUUGGUUCCUUUAUCUUUUAAUAAAUCGGGCAGAGAAAGGACUGAACAUGGUAGCCAAGCAUCCAAAAUCAAGAUUCAACAGAUCUGGAUACGCGUUUUCUGCUGGACUCGGAUUCGGAUUAAUGUUUGGCAUCAUUUCAUAUAUCACACAACUUGUACAAUCUCUUGGGCCAGGCGUGCUCAUGUGUAUCUCCUGUCCUAGUGUAUCCCUCUACUUUAUCUCUGCGAUUACUACAUGCAUCAUCACUCUACACCACUGUCUCUGGAUGAUGAUCUCCUUCACCGGCUUCACUCAACGGUCGUAUGCUCGCAUUCUUUGGGUCCUGGUCUCACAUUAUGGAGCAUCCUAUCUGACGCUCCUGAACUCCAGUAGGACAGUGACAUUAGGAUGUGCGUACUCCAUCAUCUGUAAUAUAGCCCUUUUGUUUGCGUCUGCCAUCAUUGCUUUUACAGAUCUGCGAAACCUUCAUCAAAAGUUUACAUAAAGACAAAAAAUUGCAAACAAAACAUCUACCUGCUUCCCUUUCCUUUUCUGAUUGGAC